AUGGCAGGGAAGAAGAAGAAUGGAAAGGGAGGUCAAGGUGACGGUGGUGUAAGCAGACUUCCACAAGGAGGUCUAGCUCCUGACGGCCCUGAUAGAAACAAUAUCCCACUUACUACAGACCAAGCUUCUACCGGUUCUAUUAGAAGUCAAGCUCCUACUGGUCUUGGUAGAAUGGAUGUUCAACUCACUACAAGCCAACGACAAUUUUCUGCCAGUCAUGGUAGAAGUCAAGCUUCUAAUAAUCCUCUUCCUGCAAAUCAACAUUCUGGCAAUCAAAGUAUGACAGCAUCCAGUCGUCCGAGUUCUGCUCAUUCAUCGAAUCCUAGUCAACUACAAUUUGAUGUAGGAAACGGAACAGGUCGAACACUAUCCCGCGUCACUGAAAGUAGAAGCUCCCAAUCACGACUUACUGCAGUACCAAUUGGUCAAGGCCAAGCGGCUCGGGGUUUUCUUCAACUACAAUCACAGCACGAACCAUCUCUCAAAUCUGCGCAGCCGAUUCAGUAUGUAUCUGAAUCACAGAGACCAUGCGGAUUCCUUGAACGAACUCAAUCACAGACUCAAUCACAAAGACCCACUGGAAUUAUUAACCGAAGUCAAUCACAAGUCCAACCACUGCCUCGUCCUGCACCACAAAACCCUCCUCAAUUUCAGCCAACUCUAACAACACCAUUUCAUUUGCAACAACAAGUCCAAGACUUUCCACGCGUUUAUCCAGGCCAACGACCUCAAUUUCAAGUACCACGUACAGAAUCUUUCGGAAUCAAUCCAGCAUUCGGAGCCAACCCACCAUCUAGCAUUAUGCCUACUAAUAGACAAGGUCCACCUAGAAUUUAUCCUCACGAAGCUGAAGCCAGAGCCCAACUUCAAAAUCCUCGGGGUAAAGCAGCCCAGUAUGUUGAUCCACGACAGGAUCCAGAAUGGCGCAAGGCAAAGCAGGAUGAAGAAAUGCAAAAGGCUCGUGGAAGAAUUGCUCGAGGAAAGGGUUUCCGUUCGCUUGUGCAACCCGGAAAUCCUAUGCCUAGUCUUAGGGAGCUUGAAUCGACAGGUGGGCAGAAUAGGUACGGUGUAUUAUCUCCGAUGCCACCGCCACAACAGCAAGCUUCCGUUACUCAAUUUCCAGGAUUAGAAAGUCAACACGAUCAAGAAAUGGCUUUGUCUCAAUUAGGAAUCGAGAAUUUGGACAUUGCAUCUCAAGAAUUCUUUGUUCAAGACUCAUGGGCAAAAUCACAACUUCGAAAGAUUGGUAAUACAUGUCCUAGAGGUUGUCGAUGGUUUAGGAUUACGGGUGGAUAUCGAUGCGGUCAGGCUUUUCAUUGGGCUACUGAUCAGAUGAUUAGUGAGGGAAAGGGAGAAGUAAUCACUUCCUUGAGAGUUGUACCGAAAGGAUUUCCAAAUCAAGGUGAGCAAUUGAAAACCGGCUCUCGUUAUGAUUAG